GGAGCAGAGUCUACACUCGGAGGGAUCUGCACCGCUUAUCCGGUUAGAUGAGGCUUGAAAACAAGAAGUAGGUUUAACGAUGAGAAGUUCCUCUCCACGCGCGUAAUUACGCACGUCCCUGUUUCAUCUCUAAAGCUCUGUAAAAGGAUGCUGGACCCCAAGGACUGUGGAGUGACAAUGACGUCCACUCAUAAGAUUUCCUUUUCUAUUAUCGAUAUAUUGGAUCCGAACAAAUUCAACAGCAGACGAGUAAACGAACUUUCCCUCGUGGAGGAGAAGUUUCCUGCGCAAAAUAUAGAGGGAGCGAGUGUGGAGUCGGACAACAGCGGAGCAGGCGGAGACUUCAGAGCUGAGCGCACGAAAGCAGGGGAAGAACAAGGAGAUGAACCCUCUCCAGCCUCCAGGCAUCAUGCUGUUGUCACCAACCCCCUUCUGCUCUCAACACAAGCUGAACCAGAGUCCUGUCUCCCGGGGGAUCAGGACGAUGAGGAGUCAGUGGUCACCCUGCAGGACCCUCCCGCACACAAACGACGGCGACAGGACCAGGCCUGUGCCAAACCCAGGCGCGCCAGAACCGCCUUCACCUACGAGCAACUUGUUGCCCUGGAAAACAAAUUCCGCACAACUCGGUACCUGUCCGUGUGCGAGAGACUCAACCUGGCGCUGUCUCUGAGUCUGACCGAGACGCAGGUGAAAAUUUGGUUUCAGAACAGGAGAACAAAAUGGAAAAAACAGAACCCCGGGGCGGACAGCACCUUGCAGCCCGGCGGAUCCAACCCUCUGGUCAACCUCAGUCCAAACCCGCCCACAUGUGUGUCAAGCUCAUCCAGCUAUCAUCAAACUUUCCCCAACUUCAGUUCUGGGAAUGUGAUCUUCCACACAGCCGGUGCAGUUCCACUUUCAUCCACCGGAGGGCUCCUGCAUCCCUUUAUAUCCAGUGGUUUCAUCCAGCCAUCUUAUUUUAAUCCACAUCUAUGAAAGAAGCCAAGACUGAAUUGUGCAGCUGGUGAUACAUCUGGACAGUACUUUACGGCAAACAAACAAUUAAAACUUUACGAUCCAGAUUUAUUGUAACUGUUGCUUUAACGAUACAUCAUGUUCUUCAAACUGAGAAGAAAAGAUGGCAGUACAAUAAAGGAGUUUAAAACUUCCAGGUUGGAGGUUGUCAGUGUUCAAUGUUUUGUCAUGGAACCAAAUCAUCCAAAACUUGAACCCCGUAACUAAAGGCCAAAUGUGACCGAGCCAAAUAACUAUUUACAAUUUGUCAAAGACUGCACCCCUAUGCACUGAUCAUCAUGUUGGUUGAAACACCUGCUCACAUUGUGUGUUUGACAGCUCAUACUGUAUCAUUAUCUGCCUCUGUGUAUGGAUUCUACACCUCAAACUGUGUGCAACCAUCCAGCAGCCAACUGUGCUUCUGCACAGCUUAUGUCUGUUGCCAUUUAUACAAUAUUACCAGUGUAAGUUAAUUAAAAAAACAUAAAACAUCUGUGUGUGGCUCCUGUAUUAUAAAGCAAAAGCACUUCAAUGAGGAUGGAUUGCGAGACACUUUGCAUUCCUCUUAACAUUAACGUGGCUAAUGGUGACAUCAGUAAUAGGUUUGUAAUCGUGAUAGAUCACCUUCCUGUUAAUGGGACCAGUAAAUGAGACUCAAGUGCCAUUAACUUCUGGCAACAAAGCUGAGCUUA